AUGGGUAAUGCCAUCCUGGUGAACCCAAUACAACAAAAGAAUCCGGUUUUAAAGUUUAUUCGCAAUGUACCAUAUGAGCCAUCGGAUACGAUCAAGAUGGAUUAUGUUGUCGGACAGACCACAGGUGUGAUAUAUCUAAGUUUGCGGUACCACCGACUGUACCCAAACUAUAUUUAUGACCGACUCAAUAGCGUAAAGAACCUCUAUGUCACACGUAUCUUGCUCGUAUUUGUCGAUGCAGAAAAUUAUCAUGACGCCAUUCGAGAGAUUAAUCGAGUGGCCAUCUUGAGCGAAUUUACGCUAGUGCUCUGUUGGAGUAUGGAAGAGGCAGGAAGAUAUCUUGAAACGUUCAAGGCAUUCGAAAAUAUGGGGACUGACCUCAUCCGUGAGAAAGUCGAAAAUGAUUACUUGGCAAAAGUGACAGACUGUUUGACCAACGUCCGAAGCGUCAAUAAGACCGAUGUUCUGACGUUACUCUCUACCUUUGGAUCAUUAAAGCGAGUGAUGGAAGCAUCGACCGAGGAGUUAAGCGUGUGCCCUGGAUUUGGAGAACAGAAAGUGAAGAGGUUACAACGAGUUUGGAAACAACCAUUUUUGAUGAAUAAAAAGAGAAAGACAUGA